AUGGAUUCAACAAGAGUACGCCUAAAAGCUCGUAGUGAAAAUGACGACUACAUUCACGCCAGUUGGAUGACAAUGCCUGACAAUCAGAAAUACCUCUGCACACAGGGUCCCAUCGCGGAAACUGUUGAGGACUUCUGGCACAUGGUGUUCACAGAGAGAAGCAAUGUUAUCGUGAUGUUGUGCAGUUUCGUUGAAGAAAAGCAUGAGAAAUGCUAUCCGUACUUCCUUGCGGAACGUUAUGUACCACAGAAUUUUGGAAAAAUGUACAACGUGACCCUGUUACGCUGUUAUGACUCAGAUCCAAAUGGGUUAAUACUUCAUAAGCUAUUACAAGUUGAAGUCCUGUGA